GAUAGCAAAAAUGUUGAAAUGCUGCCAGAGCCAAAUUCUCUGCAUCAUGGCCAUACUGAUCAUCCUCACCUUCCAAAAAUUUUCAGUAAUAAGAAACGUGUGAAAAUUUACGAAACCUCAAAAUCUGUGAUCGAAAUUCCUCAAAGGAAGCGACUAAGAGAGUCAAAAUUCUUUAUAAGAUUACAACGCGAAAACGCCGCCAUUCAAAAACUGCAAAAAGUUGCUAAAGAGGAGGUGCUAAAGUACCAGCAGCAGGCUGCCUCACUAGACUACGCCCUCUAAUCCCUCACCUUAUUGCCAUGAUUCCGGUAAUCCAUCAUCAUUGGAAU